UUGGGUGACGUGACAGCACAAAAUGAUUUCCGUAAAAUAAAACCGGGUGAUAAAUUUAAAAACAAAUAGAACAAAUACUGAAUCGGAAGUAAAUUCGUUUUCCGUCUAAAUUACUCCGGUUUUAUGCGAAUAAGUUAAUACUUGUGUGUGAUCGUUAUUUUCAUGUAGUCCGAGUAAAUCCUGGUGGGUGUAAUUUAUAGAUAUAUAGAAAAAUGUUUGCGAAAAAGGCCGAAAAAACCGCUCCGCAGGUGGAAAACGCAGAAAAACAAGAAACUCUCUUGACUCUCUCUAUUUUAACUUUAGCUGCAAUUCUCUCUUUUGCCACAAGAUUGUUCUCUGUGUUAAGAUUUGAGAGCGUUAUCCAUGAAUUUGAUCCGUAUUUCAACUACAGAACCACCAAGUACCUUGCUGAACAAGGCUUCUAUUCAUUUCAUAAUUGGUUUGAUGAUAGAGCAUGGUAUCCACUUGGAAGAAUUAUCGGAGGCACAAUUUACCCUGGUCUUAUGGUAACAUCUGCCGCAUUUUACCACCUUUGUUGGCUCUUAAACAUUUCAAUUGAUAUCAGAAAUGUGUGCGUGUUUCUGGCCCCACUGUUUUCAUCAUUCACUACCAUCAUCACAUACCUUCUAACGAAGGAAGUCAAAAACGAAGGUGCCGGUUUAGUGGCCGCGGCCAUGGUUGCAAUUGUACCUGGUUACAUUAGCCGUUCCGUCGCUGGAAGUUACGACAACGAGGGUAUUGCCAUAUUUUGUAUGUUAUUCACCUAUUACACCUGGAUUAAGGCUGUGAAGACUGGUACAAUAUUCUGGGGAACUUUGUCAGCUCUUGCUUACUUUUACAUGGUUUCAUCUUGGGGUGGUUAUGUGUUUUUAAUUAACUUGAUUCCAAUUCAUGUACUAACUCUUAUGGCAACUGGAAGAUUUUCACACAGGAUAUAUAUUGCUUACAGCACCUUAUACUGUGUGGGAACUAUUUUGUCAAUGCAAAUAUCAUUUGUUGGGUUCCAACCAGUUCAAAGUUCUGAACACAUGUUGGCCUUGGGUGUCUUUGGAUUAUGUCAAAUUGUAGCAUUUGUGGACUAUGUGAGAAGUAGAGUUUCUAAGGAUGACUUUGAAACCCUCUAUAAUUUCCUAAUGUACACAGUAGGAAUUUUGGUUGUGUUGGUUGGUGGUGUAUUGACUUUGUCAGGAAAAAUUUCUCCAUGGACUGGAAGAUUUUACUCACUCCUGGAUCCAUCAUAUGCCAAGAACCACAUUCCAAUUAUUGCCAGUGUUUCUGAGCAUCAACCAACAUCUUGGAGCUCAUUUUAUUUUGACUUGCAAAUUCUAGUAUUUCUCUUCCCCGCCGGACUCUACUUUUGCUUUAAGCAACUAACUGAUUCUAACAUUUUCAUCAUUUUGUACGGAGUUACCAGCAUUUAUUUCGCCGGCGUAAUGGUAAGAUUAAUGCUCGUCCUUGCGCCUAUAAUGUGCAUUUUGAGCGGCAUUGCUGUUUCCCACCUCCUUUCCAAGUUCAUGAAGAACGUCGACUCAGGAUCCACUAAACCAUCGGAAUUAAAGAAAAACAAAAGACACGACUCAAACCCCGUUUUGCGCAAAGAGACGUCCUUUAUUUUCGUCACCAUUAUAACAGUCCUGCUUAUUUCCUAUAGUUUCCAUUGCACUUGGGUUACUUCUGAAGCUUACAGCUCACCUAGCAUAGUAUUGAGUGCCAGAUCCCAUGAUGGUGGAAGGAUUAUCUUCGAUGACUUCCGUGAAGCGUACUACUGGUUGAAGAUGAAUACACCAGAAGAUGCCAGAAUUAUGUCCUGGUGGGAUUACGGGUACCAAAUCACUGCCAUGGCAAAUAGAACCAUUUUAGUUGAUAACAAUACUUGGAACAACACGCAUAUUAGUCGCGUCGGUCAGGCUAUGGCUAGUUCUGAAGAAAAGGCUUAUGAAAUCAUGAGGGAGCUGGAUGUGGAUUAUGUGUUGGUAAUAUUUGGAGGUUUGACUGGCUAUUCCUCGGACGACAUCAACAAGUUCUUAUGGAUGGUCAGAAUAGGUGGAAGCACUGAUAGAGGAGCCCAUAUCAAAGAAUGGGAUUACUACUCCCCCAGUGGAGAAUUCAGAGUAGACAAGGACGGCUCUCCAACGCUCCUAAACUGCCUCAUGUAUAAGAUGUGUUAUUAUCGUUUUGGCAAAGUUUAUACAGAAGGAGGUAAACCACCAGGCUAUGACAGAGUUCGAGGAGCCGAAAUCGGUAAUAAAGAUUUCGAAUUGGAUGUUUUGGAGGAAGCAUACACAACUGAACAUUGGCUUGUUAGAAUCUACAAAGUCAAAGAUCUGCCCAAUAGAGGAGUGUGAACUCACAUGAUAUUUUAACUAUUUUUUGUAUAAAAUUUUCCAUAAAAUAAACAUAUAAAAUAUUA